UUUUACUCUACAGCGUAGCACAGAGAAGGGAAACUCCAUCCUCACCAUGAGCCGCAGCCCAGAGCGCAUCUCCUCGUACCGGAGGCACUUUGAAGGAGCACUUGCCUCCUCCUCCACCUGCCACAUCAGGGUUUCCAGUCCAAGUCCACGCAGACGAGAAACCCGCCACCGGUCCGCCAGCUACACCCGCAGCACGCGCAGGGCUCACUCUGGCACCCGCAGCGCACGUCUCACUGGCAGCGUGAGCAUGAGCGCCCUGUGUGCUGGUAUGGGUCUCGGAGGGGGCCUGGAUCUGGAAGCUGCUUCCGCUGCCAACCAGUACUACCUAACCACACGCACAAGCGAAAGACAAGAGAUGGUCACCCUCAAUGACCGCCUGGCUAUCUACAUCGAGAAGGUUCGCACUCUUGAGCAGCAAAACAAACUGCUCGAGACUGAGAUUGAAGCUCUGAAGGGCCGCUACGUGAAGCCGUCAGGUUUGCGCAUGUUGUAUGAGGAGCAGUUAAAAGAACUGAGAAGGGUCGCUGACCAGAUGAGAGCCCAGAGGGACAUUGCUGUCGCUGCUAAGGAGGCCAUGGUGGCACAGCUGGAGUUGGUCAAGGUGAAGUACGAGGAGGCACUGGAAGCUAGGAAGAAGGCUGAACAGGACAUUGAAGCUUUCAAGCCUGAUGUCGAUGUUGCCACUGCUGCCCGCAUCGCUCUGGAGAAACAGCUGGAGAACCUGGAGGUGGAGAUGGAGUUCCUUCAGAGGAUUCACAAACAGGAAAUUGACGAACUGAUGGCUCAGAUUUAUCAAACAGUGGCUAAAGUCGACAUGGCCUUCUCUCUUCCUGACCUCGCAUCCGCCCUCAAAGAGCUCCAGUCGCAGUACGACAGCAUCGCUGCACGGAACCUGCAGGAAAUGGACGCUUGGUAUAAGUCUAAAUUCCAGGACUUGAACACGGCGUCCACGCGCCACGUAGAAUCUGUACGGGGAAUCAGGGAAGAAGUCGUGAGCUACAAGAAGGACAUUCAGAAUAAGCAACGAGAGCUGGAUGCUCUUACCACCAGGUAUGAGACUUUGUUAGCUCAGAUUCGUGACAACCAAGAGAAAUACAAGAAGGCAGAAGAGGAGUUACAGGCCCGCAUUGAGGCCCUGAAGCUGGAAAUGAAGACAGUGAAAGAGAAGAUCACUCUGUUGCUGAAGGAAUAUCAGGAUCUCCUCAACGUGAAGCUGGCUCUCGAGAUUGAGAUCACCACCUACAGGAAGCUGAUCGAAGGCGAGGACAUCCGUUUAUCAACAAUGGUGCAGGGCAUGUCUCUCAUGGGCAUCAGUGUCUCCGGGAGUUUUAGCACCUCGGUUGCGAAGGUGGGUGGAGCCUUGGCUGAACUGGCUGCUGGAGCAGGCGAGGUAGUCUCGAAGCUGCCUUUGUCUUCUAAUGGGCACGAGACAGCCACAGAAGAGGUCUCUCACGAGCAAGCCGUGGAACUGACCGAAAGGAAGACCGUCCUUAUCAGAACAGUUAAGACAGACGAGGACGUAAUUCAGAGAGACACGCAGGAGCGCACCAUCACCAUCUCCGGAGCAGCAGAUGAGACAGAGGAGUAGUCUAAUAUCACACUAAGAAAUCCAUCUCUCUACAACAGAUCAUUUCUUCCACCCUUUAAUAAUUAUCCAAAGAUCAUCCUAAAUUAUUAUCUAAUCGUUACAAUUCGGUAUCCUUCUUUUACCCUGUUUGUUGAUUGUAAACAAAGGAGAAAAUGAAGUGUAUUAGAGAUGUAAUACUCAUAUCCCAUUAAAAAAAAACUCAUCAUAUGGUACUCAUCUGCUACAACUAAACGUAUGCUAAUGCACUGUAUUCUAGCUUUUAACCUCUGAUUCUGUUCAACCACAUGCAUGAAAUAAUAAACAUGACUGCAAAGCAUCA